ACCAUUACAAACUAAAUUGUGAUAUCGAUGUUCUGUGAUGCCAAUUAAUCAUGGUGGCCCUAGGCAUGAUGGCAUGCAUGACCUUCACGUUAUUUUGGGGUAAAAAUCCAUUUUCCGCUACAAUGACGCCCAGGGGUCGAUGUGAAGGUUGUUGUCCAAUAAACGAAAAAGAGGACAUCGCUUUUUUUUCAUACUCGAGGAACAAUCCUUUUCGUCCGAAACGCAUAUAUAUCGGUGACGAUGUUUCCCUACGCAGAGCAAAUAUGAUGCAAAAUUUGACAACCGUGAUCUAUGUUCACGGAUUUACAGAGCAGGGAAACUCUAAGGGUGCGGAGACCAUAAAAAAGGCGUAUUUACAUCGAGGCGGUGUGAAUAUUAUAAUAGUGGAUUGGAGUCCUAUGUGCGCAUUUCCGUGGUAUAGUCACGCGGUACUCAAUACCCGUAUAGCUGCUAAAUAUUUAGCUAAAUUCAUCGAAUAUUUAGUGUCGAGAAGAUUUUAUCUAUCCAAAAUACAUUUAAUUGGAUUUAGUUUGGGCGCUGAAAUAGCUGGGUUCACUGGCAAGAAUCUUAAAAUCGGAAAACUUCCACGAAUCACAGGACUCGACCCAGCUUUUCCGCUAUACAUGUGGACGGGAAAGAUGGGACAUUUGACGCCUUCGGACGCCGAGUUCGUGGAUGUGAUACACACUGAUGGCGGUGUAUUCGGAUUUCCGGUGGCCCUAGGUCACGCUGACUUUUUCCCGAACGGAGGUUUCCCAUUGCAACCAGGGUGCAGCCUCAAGGAGUUGGCGCAGACUAACCUCAUAACCAGAAUUAUGGCUUGUAGCCACGACAGAGCGUGGGAGUACUUUGCUGAAUCCGUCAUCAAUCCUACUGGAUUUCCUUCGUUGCGAUGUUUAAACUACGAAUCGUUUACAAACGGCACGUGUUUCAGAGACUUCGCAUACUCCAAAGAACAAAAAGUCCAAUACAUGGGAUUAGCAGUCAACAAACAGAUCAGAGGUCAAUUCUACUUGGCUACCAAACGGACAGCACCGUUUGCAUACAAUAAAAUAUAUAAACCCUAACACCUUAUUUA